AUGCCGAAAAAAGGGAAGAAAGGGAAGGAGAAGGUGUCGCUGGAGGACUUCGACACGACGCCCAUGUCCAAGGAGCAGCUGGUGAAGCUGUGCGUCCGCCUCCAAGAGGAGACGAAGCGAGAGCAGGCGGAGCGCAACUUCUUCAUGAUGGAGCGGGACAAACUGCGCGCCUUCUGGGAGGUGACGCGCAAACAACUGGACGACGCGCGCGCGGAGCUACGAAAAUCUGGCUAUCCAGCGUAUCAUGCUUUCAGAGACAAAGAUCAUCGCCUGGACGAUGACGAUAUGGCGCGACUCUCCGAGAUCAAGUUCCACGAGCAGAAGAUUCUGUUUACGAUGCUGGAGUACCAGACCAGCAUUGCAAAAAUGAAGAUUGAGAACAUGGAAGUGCUCAAUAAAGCACAACAAGACAUCUGGGCGGAUGUGGUGUCGCUGCGCCUAGACAAUGAAGACACGGCAGAAGAAGCGGCUAUUAUGACAGCUAAGCAACAAUGGUCUAUUCAGGACGCAAACAUGGAGCACAGCGCCGAGGUGACGCGGAAGCGCGACGAGCACGUGGUGACGGUGGUGGACGUGAGCGGCCACUUCGAGCGCCAGGUGACCGUCGUGCGCGCGGAGGCGAGCGAGCGCCACCGCCUCGAGCUGGCGGCCAUGGCGGAGCUGCAGCGCGUGCAGACGGAGCUUCUGCUCCAGAGCCACGCCCUGGCUCUGACGGACCUGAAGAAUUACUACAACGAGAUCACGCUGAACAACCUAUCGCUGGUGGCGACGCUCAAAGACGAGUGCGGAGAGCUCCGCGAGCGGGAAGAUCGUGCGGUGCAGCUGGCGCGGGCGCUGCGCGCCGAGAACAAGAUGCUGGCGGGCCCGCUGCGCGAGGCACGCGAGGAGCUGGCGGAGCUCGGCCGCCAGAUGCAGAACUUCGAGAGCGACCAGAUCGAGCUGGAGCGCGCCACCGCCCACGCCCACGCCGCAGAGAAGGAGCUGCGCGACGUGAAAUGGGAGAUGGACGUCAUGCAGAUCCUCCUCGACAAGGUGCAUGAGGAGCGCCUCGCGCUCGAAGAGGAGCUGACGAAGGCGCAAGCGGAACUGAAGCUGCACUGA